AACUCAAUGGUGGUUCGCGGUUGAAUUGAACCCUUAACUCGGAUUUGGAAGCUGGGAAAGCAGUGGUUGCUUCUAUUUUCUUCUCCGGAUCUGUAAUUCUCCCUUGAUUGUUAAAGAACAGUAUAAUUAAGUGUCAGAGUUGAAGAAUUUUCGUUUCCCAGGAAACAUGGAUCCAGAUUCAGUGAAAUCCACUCUCCAAAAUCUAGCCUUUGGAAAUGUAAUGGCCGCCGCGGCUCGCAAUUACCAGAAGGAAUUGAUUGCCAAUGAAAAGGCACCGGCCACGAGCUCUGUCAACCAGGAAGUCGACCUUGACGAGUUGAUGGAUGAUCCUGAGCUUGAAAAAUUGCAUGCGGAUCGGAUUGCUGCUCUAAAGAAAGAAGCUGAGAAGAGAGAAGCUUUAAAGAGGAAAGGGCAUGGAGAAUUCAGGGAGAUAACUGAAGGGGAUUUUUUAGGUGAAGUUACUGGGACUGAGAAAGCCAUCUGCCACUUCUAUCACCAGGAGUUCUAUAGAUGCAAGAUAAUGGAUAAGCAUUUGAAGACCCUUGCUUCAAAGCAUGUUGAUACCAAGUUCAUCAAGCUGGAUGCAGAGAAUGCGCCCUUCUUCGUCACCAAGUUAGGAGUCAAAACUUUGCCUUGUGUCAUAAUCUUCAGAAAAGGAGUUGCUGUGGAUAGGUUGGUUGGAUUUCAAGAUAUGGGAGGAAAAGAUGAUUUCAGCACAAGGGCACUCGAGGUUGUACUAAUCAAGAAAGGUAUAAUUAGUGAGAAGAAAGAUGAGGAUGAUGAAGAUGAUGGAAAUCAUGAAGGUAGUCGCAGGACAGUGAGAUCCUCUGUGAAUCUUGAUGAUUCUGAUUCAGACUGAAAAAAGAACAGAAAAAAAGAAGAAAAUGAUACCUGAGUUUUCAAAUGCUUUCUGGUUGCAUGCACACUUGUUGUCACAUCUAAUGUAUGUUACCUUCUGAGUGGACCUUUUUUGUUUGUUUCUUUUUUAGGAACAAAAUUGCAUUGGAAAUAUAUUCUUCCAGUCCUUCA